AUGGCCGGUAAUGCUCAGGAAGCCGGGCCGUUCAACUUGCUCCGGCCCCUGCUACUCAUGUCCUAUUCAGCCUACUAUCUGAUACCGACCAUUAUCGAAUUGAUACUAAGCUUCAACUUCAAACCCUUUUUUAGCUUCGAUGACUUCAAGGAUGCCUGGUUCGCAAGGUUCUGGGUCUUCUUUGGGCCCAGGUCACGCGAGAACGCCGCACCCAAAGUCAUGCCACUGCUACAGAAUAGUGCUCGUGGCGUUUGCCUGGACAUAGGCCCGGGCUCGGGUCAAUGGCUGUACUUGUUCGCUCGUGCCAACAACAAGGAUAUCACGAAGAUCUAUGGUGUCGAGCCGAAUCGGGGGAUGCACAAGGCUCUCCGUGAGAACGCUGUGGCCGCCGGACUAAGCGACGUGUACGAGAUCAUAGGCUGUGGGGCCGAAGAGCUGAGUACGAAGGGAGGGAUCCAGCCUAAUAGCAUAGACACCAUCAUUACUGUGCAAUGUCUUUGCAGCAUCCCGACCCCUCAGCGCAUUAUCAAGGAGCUUUAUCCUUUGCUCAAGCCCGGUGGUCGUUGGCUCGUAUACGAGCAUGUGCGAACGAAGUAUACCGGAGACUUUGUAGAGACGUGGCAGGCGGCCCUCAAUCACAUCUGGCCGCACUUCUUUAAUGGGUGUGAUAUCAGAAGGCCAACCGAUGAGUGGUUGCUGCAAGCCGGCGAUUGGGAAGAGGUCAAGCUGCGCCCAGGCGAAGGCGAGGGGAAGUACGACACUGUGCCUCACGUCAUCGGCACGCUUACGAAAAAGAAGUGA